AUUUUUUCCCCAAUCAGCUCCUCAAGCAAAAUACUUGGUGAAACCUGCCCAAAGCGGAAGUACAUGAACGGAAGCCUCACAACACAAGACAACAAAUAUGGCGACCACAUGUUCGAUAGCGUGCUGUAAAGAAGAGAGCGACUCGGAUAAAGCAGUUAUAGUUCGCUUUUCCAAUGGCAACGUCCAAAAGGCAGAUAAACUGGACUUCAUCAUGUACAAGAGCACAGAUGAGGUCAACCCUAGGAAAAAAAACAGACGGAUGAUGGUGGCUGAAACGGAAAGGAUAUCUUAUGUUGGGCAAAACUUUGGAACGAGUUCUCUAAAAUGCAACAGUCUCUGCAAGUAUUAUGUUGGAGUGUUGAACAAACACACCAUGGAAAUGGAACUGCACAAUGCACAGCUCUUCAAUAUGCUACCUUUUGUACCAGGAGAAACAGCAGCGACGGCCAACCCCAAAGACACAGAUCUGACCUAUAAAGAAAAGGUUGACUCUCUGAUUGAGGCGUUUGGCACCAACAAACAGAAGAGAGCUCUGACUUCUCGCAGGAUGAACCAGGUUGGCAGCGAAAUUCUGCACCAUGCGGUUGCAAAGGCUGCCAACUCCGUCAUUGAUGGGAAAGGUCUGGAAGCUUUGCAGCAGGAAGUGGCUGAGACUGAGUUGCAGGCAGAACUAGCUCUCUAUCUUCCUCCCUGUAACAAGGAUGCAGACGUGCCUGAGAAUGUCUACCCAUUUGAUGAGCUCCUAAGUCCAGCGGACCUCAAGGCUUUGGAGCAGGCUGGUUCUAAGAUGGCAGCAUUCACUUCUGAAGACCUGCAGAAUAUGAAAGACAGUGGAGGGUCUCUGUCUGUGGUGAAGCACCUGGAGACAUUGCCCAGUGAUGGUGAAGCUCGUGACAAGAUGGCAUGCUGUGCCUUUUACCUUUCCCUGCUCAUCAAACUGUCACGACAGAAGAGCGUCAGCCGCAAGUUCGGCAUAGAGGAAGGCUGUCCUCGCAUUGUGCAGACCAAUCUAUUUAGGACCUUCACAGUGGAGACCUUCAACAACGGAAAGGUGCAGAACAUGGUUUCGGCAUCGAUGCGUGCCAAAUUAGCAGCAUACUGCCUGGCUCUACUGCUCCAUAUGGGUCACAUGACUGCUGACCUCACAUUACUGCAUCGGGACCUGGCAAUCAGCGAGGCCAGGGUAAUCGAAGUUGCCAAGUCGAUGGGGCUGACCCUGGCAAAGCCGCCCCGUGCAAAGGAUAUUGAGGCAGGCCUCCACGACAAACACAAACAGACCUCCCUCGUUCUUCCUCUGGUCAAAUACCAACAGUUGAUGGAGAGACGGAAACGCAAGAAGAUGCACUGAGGAUAUUAAAGUGCAAAACAUGUGGGAGAAAGUCACUUGAAAUAGUAUAUGCUUGAUUUAAUAUUCAGGAAUGUAUGUCUGUGCACAACAUGCAUAUUUCAAAGUGUAUAAUGCCCACAAGCAACAGUGAAGAAAAAUUGGUACUGCUGAGAAAAAUACAGAUAAAAUCCCUCCACUGCCUCAGGACAAAUCCACCAUCUGUGCCUAUAAGCUUAAGUGCAACCGCCAAAGUUCAGUGCCACAAAAUGCCUAAAAUUAAAGUGCAAAGUAUCAUGCAUCACGUGAAACAUCAGUGAGUAACUUUUGACUGUACUUAUGUGUUGUCACAGUAGUGUACCAAUGAUAGUAAAGAAGAAAACUGGUUAACAGUUUAUAAUAAGGUACAUUAAAUCACAGUAAUGAGGAACAAACCUACCAAACCCUAACCACUACUCAUUAAUUCAAUUCCGUGCCUUAGUUCCUCAGUAACUCCUAUAAAUUUGUGUGCCUUAGUCAGCUCUUAACUACUUAACUAUUUUUAUGUACCUAAUUGUACAAAGUGAGCCCAACAACUGUGAUGAUAACCAUAGAAACAGAAAUGUAACUUAAGGCUUUACUGUGUCAAGUCAUCUCACCUGCUUAAGC